CAGGAAAUUGGAGCCUUUCCCAAAGGAAUUUAACCAGGAAUAGGGGAAGCGAGCCUUGUUUCCCGACUCAUCUUGCUGCACUAUUAAUGAAGGUCUUUUUCAUUUACUGGGUCUUGUGUUCCCUAGUGGGGAAUUUGCUGGCAGAGAGAUCACCGCUCAUUCAACAGGCAGCAUUUUUGUCCACAAACUUUGAAAAUAUCUUCACGUGGCAAAGCGGAAAGGAGACAUUGCCAGGCACAGUAUAUGAUGUACAGUAUAAGAAAUAUGGGGACGCAUGGCAGAACAAAAGCGAGUGCCAGAACAUCACACAGCGCUUCUGCAACCUCACUCAGGAGACAGAAAACUUCACGGAGCGCUACCAUGCCAGAGUGAGAGCCAUCGUCCAUAACUGUUGUGUUUCCGACUGGGCCAUGUCCAUGAGAUUCUGUCCCCGGGAGGACACUAAUAUCGGGAAACCUGAAGUGAAAUGCACCCCCAGCUUCCAGUCCAUAAAGUUCUUUAUACAACCACCUUAUACCCCACUGAGAGAUGAAGAUAACCAGACCUUGACUGUGGUGGACGUUUUCAAUCAGUUUGGUACUGCUGUCCUGUACGAAAUAACUAUGUUCUGCCAAAAGACGGGGCAGAGGUGGAGAAAGACAGAGACCAACAGAGAAUUUGAAAUCCCUGACUUGGAUCCUGACACAGAAUACAAUGGAACAAUACAGAUCAGAUAUUUAGACAAAAUCAGCAACCCCUAUGUGUUUCGAGUUUGGACAUCAUCAGAUAACACCUGGCUGCCGUAUUUAUUCGGGGUGGUCCUAUUCAUGGCAGUAUCAAUGUCUGGAACAAUAUAUUACUUUAUUUACAAGUAUGUUAAACAACACGCUGCACAGCCACCCACGUCUUUGGAUUUCAAGGACAUUCCUCUUCAUUUCCAACCUCUCACACCAAAUGCAGAACAUAUUUUGACCUCUUACAGUUUCUCCAAGUCUAUCCAAUGUGUUCCAGAGAAGCGACCAGCGCAGCUUAACCAACAUCUGGGAGAACUGGAGCACCAGAAAUCAUUCAAUCUGACUGGAACAGCUUAUCAGCAACAGGCCAAAGCGUCCUUGUUCCGGACGUUGGCUCAGCCUGUAGGCCAAGCGGAUGAUCUCCCCAUAGGUUAUGCUCCACAGGUGGUCAAGUGUAACCCGCCAGGCACAGUAGGGGACAACCCCACAACCUUAAUAUAUGGAACGUGCAUUGAUGGCACCGGCUGCGUCAACAAGGCAAGCUCUCCACCAAACCGAGCAAUGAAGCCCGAUCCUUCCCUUGAGGGCUCCGCAAGGAAUGGAUGUUAUAAAGCCCAGAAACCAGAACAGCUCGAAAGAGGAUUGUGGGAGAACGAGGCUCAACAGCAGCCAGCCUUGGUGUGGGAAUAUGCACAGCAAGCUCAACACCCGCUACUUCAGGAAGAUAUGCAAAAUAUGCCACAGCAGCUUCCGAUCCUUCUAGAAGAGAGGGUAGCUGAAAGGACAGGAAGCUACAGAAAGCAGCCUGGGGGAUUGGUAUUGGCCCCAUUAGAGCAUGGCCAAAAUGCCAUCUCAGAAGGUGGCCCUCUUUCGUCAGCCGUGCCACCAUCCUCGUUUCCUCCUGGUGCCUGCAACAGCCUCUCCCAAGAUCAGGGCCUGGGACAGUGGGCGGCCUGGGAAUCGUUAGCUUGGACUGAUAACCAACGGCAACCUUUAGGAUUCCCAAUGACGGACUGCAUAGCUCAAGUGAGCAAGGGGUUGCAGUGUGAGCCAGCAUCCCUUGGCACAGUCCCAAGUACCUUGGACUCUGCUCAGAACGGGCUCUUCACAGGCCUGUUCAGAGACUUGGAACUGAAAUUGCAAUGGGACAAUGGACCAGAUGAAAAUGCGCCCAUUUUUUAGCAAUGCACAGAGUAUAGAAAUGACUCCUUCCAACGCAGAGUUGAAGUGAAAUGUCCUUUCCCAACUGUCUCUAAUUUCUCUACGUGAAUCAUACUUCUGUCUAU